AUGUCAGAUAUUAAGAAGAGGAGAAUUAUUUCUAAAACGUUUUCUGUGGAAGAAGAUGACCUACUGGUUAAAAUAAUGACCAACACAUGUGAUAUUCUAGCCAUAGUAAGUAAAAUAGAAAGAUUAAUUAAAGGUCAACCAUGGAAAAAGAUAGAUUCAAUGGAAGAUUUAAUGGUCUUGAUAAAAUAUUUUGUUAAUUGUUAUAUUGCCGGUUCAUACGAUGUUAAACUUCUUAGAAUUUUGUCCAAGUUAUUGAAUUUGUUAAGAAAAGAGAAAGAGAAUGUAGUUGAUGAAGAAUUGCUCAAUGCUGUAGUUAUACUGAUUAAACAAACAACAAAAUCAAGAGAUAUUCAAGACAUCAGAAAAGUGAGUAAUAUCAUAGAUAUUGAUAUAAAGAUACGAACUCUGCUACAGACUGAUGUUAUGCCGUAUUUUAACAUGCUUGUGUCUCUAUUAGCCAGUACUGAACAAGAUAUAGAUUAUACACAUCUUAUAACUAAGUUAUAUCUACAAGGUUUUCUACUCACCCCAAACUUUCCUGAUUUGAUAUGUCAAACACUAUCUGUACAGAAUCAUGAAAACAGCAAGGAUCUGAAACUAAUUCUUCAAAGAUUGAUAGAUGUAUUGUUUUUAAAGGACAUAUCUAUAGAAACAGCAUCUCUGGCAGGAACUUGUGUUGUCAUGGUAAUUAAUACAAUAACUAAUCCUGAAUUAGUUACAAGGAUAUUGACAUCUCUUCUUACAGCACUUGAUUCAGACAGUAUUAGUAGAGUGGAAAUAGGAGAGACAUCUAUAGAUAUGCCAGAAAUAAAGCCAAAUGGUACAGUUGUGAAGUUAGUCUUUCUGAAAGCAAUAGUUACCAGUUCCAGAACUGAAGUGUUAUCAAAUACUUCACAACUCAGGGGAGAUAACCCGGAAGCCUUUAUUCUAGAGUUAAUUUCCUUUAUACAUAAAUUGUGUGGGUGCAAUGAACAACUGUAUUUAAGCUUUCAACUCUAUUCUCUGUGGUUUAAAAAACUUAAUCAAUUGUGGUCUGAAAUAAUAAUCCAAGAAAAAUCAGAUUUCAUUUCUACUUUGGUUUGUGACACUAUUGAUUGCGUCUGGAUUAAUCUUGAAAAUCCAGUAGACGAUGUCUCCAAGUAUUGUGUUGAUAUUCUCCAGUCAUUAUUAGUGCUGAAUUUAGACAGUGUAAAGCAGCAAGAACUACAGAAUGAACUGCUAUCAAGAUGUCUGAAUAUACAGUGGAAUGUGAGAUCCAGAUAUAAACCAUUACAGAUUGUUUUACCUUAUUUACAACAACACAAGAUUGAUGAAAUUCUUCCAGGAUUACAGACUGAUUUAUUAAAAUGUAUGAAUAUAAAUCAUUUGAUACCACAUUCUUCUGAUGUUUAUAAAACUUGUCUUCAAAUUAUUGUAAAUUCAACCACUGAUAAAGAAAAACAGUUGAAUAUUUGGAUUGAAACAUGGAAAGAUUUACUGAUUAGAGGUGUAACUCAUUCUGACAGUUUAACAUGUACUAAGAUAAAUACAUACUGGAUACCGAUUACUUUAAAACUACUGCCCUCCAGUGGUGAAUAUUUACAGACAUAUUUAAAUGAAUUGUUAACCAAGGGCAAUAAUCGAGAGGAGAUUCUAUUAACUUGGUGCAUCAUAGUUAAAACUAUUAGAAUUACUAGUGGCAUCGAUGUUGAUUUGUUGGAUAAAGAAUUGUUAAAGGAGGUAUUAGUUAGUGAAAAUGAAGAUAUCAGAAUAGAAGGGUUAGCUUUAAUCACAAAUUCAAAUAAAAAAUCAGAGGCUCUGUCAGAAAUUGAAAUCAGAUUAUUCAAAGACUUUUUACCAUUAAAUCUAAGAGUUGACUCAGCACCAUUUCGACAGUUACUAACAACUAAUAUACAGAGACUCUUAGUACGUAUCAGAGAUAGCUGUGUUAGUUUAGUUAAGAAAAAUAAAGAGUCCCAACAACUAGUCGAAAGCAUCCAGUUUGUAGAUUGGCUACAUAACUUAUUUAUGCAUAAUUUAGUACCAGGUGUCAGUUAUCAACGAAGAAAAUCUUGUCUCGAUAACCUUGACUCAAUGUAUCAGGUGUUCUCGUCUACUGACAAACAGAAGAAGGGAUCUUCAGAUUCUAAUGAUGUUUUGAUGGAUUAUGCCAGGAAUAAAGGAUUGUUGGAUUUCUAUAACCAUGACAACGCUAACAGUUUAAUGCACUGUAUACUAGAUGGAGCAGAUGAGAUUCGUGAAUUAUCCUAUAUAGUACUAAAUACAAGGUUUAUAUGGGAUACAAAAGAUGAUAGGCGAUUGGAUGAUAUUAAGAAGUUAUCUUGUCAUCUAUUGGUUAAAUCUAUAACACUAUGUAAUAAACCUAAAGCAAGUGAUAGUCAUGGUGGAGCUUUGUUAACUAGAUUGGUAUACAAUAAGUUUGCAUGUAUUGGUUUAGAAUUCAAUAUCAUGACAGUAGCUAAUAAACUGAAGGUAAACUGCAUGAAAGGGUCACCAGACAGCAGCAAAAUAAAGUUUUUAGAAUUAUUAUUGGUGGAAUUAGAGAUAUCUAUAAAAACAGCUGAAACGAAUCCAGUUUUAGCAUCUCAAUCAGCUCCCAUACAUGGAAUUCUUCAAGCCAUUACAUUCUGUGUAAACGAUAUAAGCUCACUCGAUCAGAAAGCUGAUAAUUCAUUGGUUGAUAUAAUUAAACAAGUGGUGACCUCUAGUGUUAAGAUAGUUAAUCUUAUGUUAUUGGUGAUGUCAGGUGGAAAAAAAUCAGAAACUUGUCUAUCAUUUGCUGAACUGGGUUCUGCUAUAGAAACCAUGGUAACAGAUGGACAGUGUGAGAAUGUUGCUUUGUCUCCAGAAUUCCAAUGUCUCCUAUCGUGGUGUUGGGUCAAUUUAAAGGUUUGUUGUACAAGUUUAAGUGAAUUGAUGUCAGCUAUAUUAGUCUCUAGUUCAUCAGAUGUUUGUAUUAUAGCUGAGAAAAUAAAACAUGUCUUUCUUCAAGUGUUAACUCACUGUCGCCAUAGGGGAGCUAUUGAAGGCUGUAGAAAUGGUUUGAUGAAGUUUGCCUUGUCUUUGAUGAGUUGUAAUGAUGCUGAAUUAAGAGAGAUUCCAUUUUCACUGAUGGAUCAGGUCUUCACAAGUCUGGAAUGUAAAAAUAAAAUGGCAUCAGUUACCAGAAGAUCAGCAGGACUACCAAUUAUUGUACAUGUACUGACUGUAGCUGCUUUUAAACUUAAAAUGCACAGAAUGGUUGAUGAUGUUUUGAACAAAUUCUACGUCUUGGCAUCCAAGCCUAUACUGGAUGAUUGGGAUGAAAGACAAGAUUUACCAGCCGUUCAUGGCUUGAAUAUAUUGAAGGCUGUGUUUGGGGAUAGUUCUCUUUCAUCUAGUCUUAAACCCUACUAUAGUAAAAUGGUGAUUCUUGUUAUUAAUAGUUUUCAAUCUCCAUGCUGGGCUGUAAGAAACGCUGCCUCACAAGUAUUUAGUACAUUAAUGCUAAGGAUGUUUGGACCAAAAGGUGGUAGUGGAUCAGUCACAUUAAAAGAGUUAUCUGCUCAUUAUCCUGAAUUACCAGUCUUUUUAUUGAGCAAAUUAGAUGAGAAUAUUAGUGGUCUAUGUCCGUCUUUGUUCCUGGUUUUGGCAAUCUUAUCCAGCCUUUCACCAUCACCAACAGACAGUCAGCAAUUAUCAGAAUUUCGUAAUAGAGUGCUGAAAAUUACAUCAAACAGUAUUUAUUCCAUUCGAGAAUUAUCUGCAUUGUCUAUGGUGGCAUUAAUACCAUUAGAUAAAACCUCUGGUUGGUUGAUAGAUUUGAUUGACAGAUUACCAACAACCAGUGAUGAAUAUUUCUCAACAAACCUGUUUCAUGGCUAUCUUCUAUGUACAGAGAAACUACUGCUCAACAGAGAUUUAAGUCCUGAGUCAUCAAGUGCUAUAUUAAAGAAAAUUUUACAAUGUUCCUGGAUCAUCUCAAAUCCACCAUUAUGUCGUCUGCUGUCACAAAAAUACUGUCAUAUUGUGAGCCAUCUUGUUACUGAAUAUGAUUUGUGUAUCCCAGAAAUGGAUCAGCUAAAUUCCAGAAUUGAAACUGCCAUAUUUACAAAGCCAUCUUCACUUACGGUAGGAGAUGGUGUAUUUAAGAGUGCUCUAGUUAACCUAUCUAUCAGUAUAUCUGGUGAUGUUACUGGAUUAUAUUGUCAAUGUUUAUUACAUGGUGAUGUUGACGUCCAGUCGGCCUGUUUGAAUAGAAUACAGACCACUAUUAAAUCACAUGAUAAACUUAUAAAUUGGAAUUAUAUACAGGAAAGUUUAUGGAAGAUUUUACAAAAUAAAUCAUCUUUAUCCAAUCUGAAACUCAUCACCUCUAUAUUAGUUGAUAUUACAUUGCAAGGAUUAACACCAAGGGAUAAAAACCUACAGAGUAUAGAUUUUAAUAUGAUUGAAACACAGUUUGAAUCUAAACCAGGGUUAAAAUAUUGCCUGAUACCUCUAGAAGCUAUUCUGAUAACAGACCAAUAUGAUUGGAGUAAAAUAGAAAAAUGGUGUGAGAGGGUUAAAUCUGCUAGUAAUGGUGAUAAUAAUGAAGAUAUUAGAAUCUCUGCAGUUCAAGGGUUAAUCCUAGCUGGUGAUAGAAUAUUUGAUAUGGUCACUAAAAAACACCAGAAUGAAUCAUCAGCUUCUCCUAUAAGUUUGAUAGAAGCCACUCUACAACUUAUUGAUGAAGAAGAUACAGAUAUAAGAAAAAUGGCAGCUACUUUCAUUUCACAACUUCUGUAUUCUAAAACAAACGGUCAUGCUACUAAUAGUAAUGUCUGUAUUAAAAUUUUCAUAGAGCAUAUUGCUGAGACGUUUGGAAAUCGGAGAGAAAUUGUUCAUUAUUUACUGGAAAAACUUUUUCAAACUGGUUCAGUGUUACGUCUUAUAAACCAAUCACUUGAUAAUCAAAGCUUUCAGGCUCUCUUUGAUCAUGAUGAUGAUUCAUUUUUUUCUGAGAAGAUUUUGCGUCUGGUUGAUUUACACUACUGUAUAUUGUCCUGUAUAUCAAAUAUACAAUGGUCAGAGUUUUAUGAUAAUUUAGUUCAAGAUCUCCAGCAAGAUUUAUCUCUGAGUGUAAAGUUGAUACAACAAAAUAUUAAAGAGAAUGGAGUAAUGAAUAUGACCAGUACAACGUUUAUUAUGAUAUCAUUAACCGGGCUGAUAUUAUGUAGUGAUAUUGUCAGGAGGAUAGCCAGUGAGACAAAGAAUUUAGAUAUUGUAUCAUCUCUUCAAUCUUCUGUACAAAGUUUCUAUAAGUUGGAAGAUGUUCAUCCUUGGUACCAACAGUUACAAAAUAUUACUGAAAAUAUUCAAGACUCCAGCCAGCAAUUAUUGAACUGA